CUCUCCUAGCUAGAGUAACACAUUUUGAUUUCAGAUAGGCCUCUAUAUAAAUGGAAGAAGAUGCAGUCUACAUCCCAUAUGCUACCACACAAGCACUGAAUUAAAUCCAGUCAUCCAAGUUCCCUACCCUCCUACCGAAGAAAGGAACAGCAAUGGCGAAGAAGAACUACGGUCAAGUGUACAACAUCCUCGGGUGGGGCGACCCCUACUUCACCGUGAACUCCCAUGGCCACCUCGCCGUCAAGCCCCAUGGCCGCGACACCAUGUCCGGCCAGGACAUCGACGUCCACUCCGUCAUCCACAGAGCUCUCGCCACCACCAUCACCACCAACGACGGCGACAAGAAGCCCCAGUUCCCGAUGAUCCUCCGCUUCCCCGACGUGCUCAAGAACCGCCUCGACUCCCUCCACGCCGCCUUCCAUGGCGCCGUCGACAGCACCGGCUACGCGUCCAGGUACCAGGGCGUGUUCCCCAUCAAGGUGAACCAGAACAAGGCCGUCGUCCAGGACCUCGUCACCUUCGGCCAUGGCUACAGCUACGGCCUCGAGGCUGGCUCCAAGCCGGAGCUGCUCAUCGCCAUGAGCUGCCUCGCCAAGGCCAAGCCCGGAGCUUACCUGGUCUGCAAUGGCUACAAGGACGCCGACUACGUCGCGCUCGCGCUCUCCGCGCGCGCCAUGGGCCUCAACGCCAUCAUCGUGCUGGAGAUGGAGGAGGAGCUCGACAUCGUCGUCGAGCAGAGCGCCAGGCUCGGCGUCGAGCCGGUCAUCGGCGUCCGCGCCAAGCUUCUCACCAAGAUUCCGGGACACUUCGGCUCCACGGCCGGCAAGCACGGCAAGUUCGGGAUGCUCGCCGACAAGAUCUACGAGGUGGCCGGCAAGCUGAAGAAGAUGGGGAAGCUGCACUGGCUGAAGCUGCUGCACUACCAUGUCGGCUCCAUGAUCCCGACCACCGACAUCGUGUACAACGCGGCGGCCGAGGCCGCAGGAAUCUACUGCGCGCUGGUGAAGGAGCACGGCGCGACGGGGAUGACCACGCUGGACUGCGGCGGCGGGCUCGGCGUCGACUACGACGGGACGCGGUCGGGCAGCUCCGACAUGUCGGUGGCGUACGGGCUCGAGCAGUACGCGUCCAGCAUCGUGCAGGCGGUGCGGCUCACGUGCGACGACAAUGGCGUCCCCCACCCGGUGCUCUGCACCGAGAGCGGCCGCGCCAUGGCGUCGCACCACUCCAUGAUCAUCCUCGAGGCGCUCUCGGCGAUCCCGGAGCCGCAGGACGAGGAGGACACCCAUCACCGGCUGCUCAGCAAGAUCCAGGACCUCUCCUCCAAGCAGCCAAGAACUGCUCAUACCGUCAAUGGCGGCGGCGGCGUGGACGCCAUGCACUCGCACGCCGUGGAGCUGAAGAAGCACGGGAUCGAGAUGUACAAGCUGGCGAAGAAGCUGUCCAAGAGGGUGACCGGCGACGCCAACGGCAUCUACAACUACCACAUGAACCUCUCCGUCUUCUCCCUCGUCCCCGACUUCUGGGGCAUCGGCCAGCUCUUCCCGAUGAUGCCGGUGAGCCGGCUGAACGAGAAGCCGACCAUCAACGGCACGCUGGUCGACAUCACCUGCGACAGCGACGGCAAGGUAGAGAAGUUCAUCCGCGACGCCGUGACGCUGCCGCUGCACCCACUCGACGACGCGGCGGCGGAGCACGGCGGCUACUACGUGGCGGCGCUGCUGUCGGGGGCGUACCAGGAGGCCCUGGCGUGCAAGCACAACCUGUUCAGUGGCCCCACGCUCGUGCGCGUCGAGAGCGCCGGCGGCGGCGGCGCGUUCAAGAUCGUCUCCGUUGAGCUCGGCCCGACGGCGGAGGAGGUCAUCGGCACGAUGAGGUACGACGUGAAGAACGACAUUAGCGAUGUGAUCGAGAAGGUUGCGACGGAGAAUGGCGUGUGGCCGAUGGUUGAGCCGCUGAUGAAGAAAGGGCUGACCACCAUGCCCUACCUCAACGAUUACAAGCCCCCCAAAACCACCUUUUAAGCUUGUUUAGAAGUAGUCUUUAUCGACAUAUAAAUAAGAGUGCCUCGACCAUGAUCCAUGCCUCCAUGGACGAGCACACGGAGCACAGUCUGUAUGACUGUAUAUUUGCCUGCUUCAUACUAGUAGUUUGGUGUUGUAUUCUCGAAUAAAUAACAGGGAAUUGCUAAAUCACAAUCGACAGAAAAUUGCUAA